GAUUUGAAGUUGAAGUAUUUUGAAGAUUUUGAACAAGAAGCUCCGAUCGGUUACGAAUAUAUGUUUGUGUUUUGAUGCAAGUUUAAAUAAUUUUUUAUAAUAAGGUGAAAUUAAAAAUGGGACGAAGAAAAAGAUCUAGUGUAGAGUUAUCGUCAUUUGACCAGUCUGAAAAUUACAUAAAAAUGGAAGUUGACAAUCAAGCUUUGAGAGGAAAAAAUAAAGUUUUAGCUCAAACUGUAGCUAAAAUUCAACAAGACAAAGCUUUAUUACAAAAACAAAUCACACAUUUACAAGAAGAAUAUUUUGCGUUAAACUCAAAAUAUGUUAACUUAAAAAAUAUCUUCAGUACAAUUGAGAGCACUACCAAAAAUUCAUGCUUUCCUAAAAUUGCAGAAGCAGUAAAUCAUAUAGCAAAAAUAAUGCAUUUAUGUGCCUUGGGCUCAGCUGUUAGUGGAUUGGGAAAAGAUCCAAAAACUUUAAGUGUUAAGCCACAUACUGUAAAUGGAACGGUGAUACAAAACCCAACCAUAACGCUUUCACGCUUCAAUGACUUAGAAAGUAGCAGGUCUACUAGUGCCAACAGCAGCAGACCAAACUUAGCUCAAAACAGAGCUCCAACAGGAAUGUCAACAAACAGUGAAAGUGAAAGCCCAAGUACUAGUCGAGCUUUUGAAGAAAAUCCUGCUGAAAACAGUUCAAGGUCUCCCCUUUCAAAUAGUCCAGACUAUAUUUCUUUCAGCAGACAAAACUAGAAGAAGAAAUGUUGUAUCUGACUCUGGACCAAGUACCACAGUUGAUGAAAAUGAAGAAAAUGGCAGAAUUGAUUUUGUUUCUCGGUAUCCUAGAAGAAAUGCAUUAAGCCUACCGAGGGAACAUGUAGCGGAAGAAGAACAUGAAGAAUUGGAUUUCAGUUCAAACCUUGCCAUGGAAGAGGAAGAUGAUGGGAUAAAUGAAGAAGAAGUUGAAAAUAAUGAUGAAGAUUAUUGCCAACGGCUUUUGACCAUUGAGGAAGUCGACGAAAUCGAUCCAUCGAUGGUAAGCAAUCCAUCGAUGCUAGGCAAUCAUUCAUCGAUGGUAAGCAAUCAUCCAUCAAUGGUAAGCAAUCAUCCAUCGAUGGUAAGCAAUCAUCCAUCGAUGGUAAGCAAUCAUCCAUCGAUGCUAAGCAAACAUCCAUCGAUGGUAAGCAAUCAAUCGAUGGUAAGCAAUCAAUCGAUGGUAAGCAAUCCAUCGCCAAUUACGGACCGUAUUAGAGAGAUACGUAUUUAUCUCAGCCCUCUCGGACCUGAAUAUAUAAAUAAUAGGCAAAAUACGUCUCAGCAGUCCCUUAUAGAAAGUCCUUCAUCUCUCUCCGGCGAAGUUAGCAACUCCAUGUUAGACGAAAACAACACCAUUCUGAGUGGUAGUGUAGGUCGCACUAAAUUUGCCAGUACAUUCGAUAAUUUUUCGUUUUUAUCACCCUCGGGGUCUGCGUCCGAUUUUUUCAGCAAAGAUCGAUCUGAUUGGUCUAAAACAGAGAUAGAAAAUGACACGACUUGUCGACCAUCAAUAAGUACCGCAGAUGUGGACGAAAAUGACACUACUCUAGAACGUACAAUAUCCCCAGUACCUGAACAGCAAAAUCUGGAACAAACUGUCCUGAAAUCAGAUACAAUCACUACUUCAACCCCAAUUAUACCGACACCUCCAUCUAGUGUAAGACGUAAAAGGAAAAAAAAGAACACUGAAAUAUCUGUAUCAAAUGCUAGUCCUGUUUCCACACUCAUCACCAAGAGAAAGAAUAGUGGUGAAAAGAUGGCACAAGUUCUGUUAAAACGAAUGAAUUUGAGCACUUCGACUAGUCCAGUAAAAACCAUAAGCGAAUCAUUGGACACAGUUCCUAUUACAGAUGUAAAACAAAUAAAACUAAGAAAAACUAACAAAGCUAAUGCUAAAUCGAAAGGAUCGUCUUCGAAAGUUGAAGCUACCAAUGACGAAAAACCAAAUCCCAAAGAAACUGUUAAGAAGAAAACAAAAGGAAAAGAAAAUCGAAAAGUAUCUGUGUCUCCCAUGAAGAUACCUAAGUCUAGUCCUCGACCGAAGAGAGCUUCGAGACCAGUCAUACUAAAAGAGCCCAGUUUAAUUAAGAAACUAAGAAGAAGUAGAUAA